GCUCCCCGAGUGAUAGGUUUUUUUACACCAAAAGUGGAUAAAAAAUCUCUUUUAUUGAGAAGUGAAAGGAUCAAAAUCAUCCAGCAAGAUGGAUGACCGCACUAUUGAUACGAUUUUUGCGGGAUCGCUGGAAAAUUUACCCCCAGUGAGCUCCAAAAUUGUACGGAUUUUUACCAGCUCGACAUUUACAGACACAACUAUGGAACGAAACAACUUGAUGGCUAAGUGCUACCCAAGAAUAAAGGAUUAUUGUCGAGAAAAACAUGGAUUAGAAUUUCAGGUUGUUGACAUGAGAUGGGGUGUACGAGAUGAAGCUACCGAUGAUCAUAUGACUACUGAGCUGUGCAUGCGAGAAAUCAGAAAUUGUCAACGUCUAUCGAUGGGACCGAAUUUUGUAGUUUUCCUCGGUCAAAAGUAUGGAUACCGUCCAAUUCCAACAUACAUUCUUUCGUCUGAGUUGCAACUUAUCAGAGAUGAUCUUGCUUCCAUGGGCAUCGAUGUCUCGGUAUUGGAUUUAUGGUACAAGAAGGAUAGUAACGCUGUACCUCCAAUAUCUAUUCUACAACCAAUCUCGUCGAUUUUGACCAACUUCAACAAUAAGCGUGUUCCAAAGCUACAAGCAGAAGAUCAAGCCGUUUGGUGGGAUACCAUGACGAAGAUGCAAAAACUGUUCCGCAAAGGCGCAGCUUCACUUUUUGGGCAGGGAAAGCUGGACAAAGAUCAGACGCAUAAUUAUUUCAUGUCUGUCACUGAGAGAGAAGUUAUCAACGGAUGUCUGAAUGUUAAAAAUACUAAAAACCACUGUUUGGCGUAUAUUCGAUACAUCAACAACAUAAACCUGCAAAAUUUGAAGAAAGCAUCUCUCUACGUAGACAUUCUGAACCGUAGCUUGGACACUGAAGCUUGCAAGCUUCUUGCUGAUCUUCGAGAUGCGCGCGUCCCGAACCGGAUCGAAGUAUCUAAUCUUCAAAAAUAUACCAUCGAAUGGAUUGGUCGAGAAGGACUGGAUGUUGAAACUCACGAGGAGUAUCUCAAUCAUUUCAUUACGCAUUUCUACAAAAAUAUUACUAAACUUGUAGAUCGUGCCAUGCGCAAGGAGGACUCAAGUGCUCAGGGUCAAAUUGUUACAGAGAUUCUGCAGCAUUUGCAUGCCAGCAACAACUCGGUUAAGGUAUUCUAUGGGCGUGAGGAACAACUGAAACGGAUAAAAAAUUACAUGUUAGGAACAUGUGAAAAACCGCUAGUCUUGUACGGAGAAGGCGGCUGCGGAAAGACAUCACUGUUGGCCAAAAGUGCUGCCUUGACAUUUACCGAGUGGUUUGCCAAAGUUCGACCGAUAAGCAUCAUACGUUUCCUAGGAACAACUCCGGAUUCUAGUGCCCUGACGCCUACUUUGAUUUCAAUCUGCCAACAGAUAUCCUAUAACUUUAUGCUUCCUUUCGAUCAAAUACCGGACGAUUUGGUACCGUUAACUGCACAUUUCAAACAACUUCUGACUUAUGCAAGUGAGCAACAGCCUUUGUUGCUUUUCCUCGACUCUGUUGAUCAGCUAACAGGAACUCAGGAUUCAAGUAAAGUGUCCUGGUUACCUACUCGCCUACCAUCGCUUUGCAGGAUCAUUGUUACUUGCGCUGCUGAGGAGUCCAACCCUGUGGUAUCUCAGGAAUAUCAUUUGCUGCGUCGAAUGAUCGACAUUGAGGAAAACUUCAUCGAAGUCACAGCAUUGGGCGAGGACCUUGCAAUGAACGUGAUUAAAAUGUGGAUGGCAACUGCGUGUCGGGAUCUCUCCAAUUAUCAGUGGCGCUUAGUAGCAAACGCGAUUGGCAAAUGCUCUCUUCCAAUUUUCGUCAAACUUGUGUUUGCCGAAAUUUGUCGCUGGAGAAGCUACACUCGGCCACAGGAUACCCAUCUUGCUUCGACUGUCAUGGAUAGUAUUAUGAUGCUUUUUGAACGUAUUGAAAAGCAGCACGGACGAAUCCUAGUAUUCCACGCUCUGGCUUAUAUCACUGCGGCAAAGUCAGGCCUUUCGGAAAGUGAGCUGGAAGACUUGAUAUCACUAGACGAUCGCGUACUCGAUGAUGUCUAUCAGUACCAUUUGCCGCCAGUUCGGCGUAUUCCUCCUUUACUGUGGACGCGAAUUCGCAAUGACCUGCCCAACUAUCUCAGUGAACGUGAAGCAGAUGGAGUUAACGUAAUGAAUUGGUACCACAGACAGUUCAGAGACACCGCUAAGGAACGAUACUUUAAGAACAUGAAUAUGGCAAUCUAUUUUCAUUCAAUGAUCGCCGAUUAUUAUCUUGGAAUCUGGGGUGGUAAGCCGAAACCAUUCAAAUACACGGAAAUUCAACGUCAUCGCUUCGGUCUGACGGACAAAGAAGGUAUCGCUGAUAGGAAGGUUCCAAUUCAACCCUUGGUUUUCACCAAUAAAGAAGGAAAAGUCACUCGAUACAAUCUGAGAAAGUUUGGUGAACUUCCCUUCCAUUUGGUCCGAUCGCGUCGGUUUACCGAUUUGUACGAAAACGUACUCUUCAACUAUGACUGGUUGCACGCAAAGUUGUCCAGUUGCCCCCUGCAGGCCGUGUUGGCAGAUUUCGAAGAUGCUUCGGUGAAUAUUGACGAUAAAGAUGCCAGACGUGAACUUAUGUUGGUUGCCGAUGCCCUUCGGCUAGGCGGUGCCAUUCUCGGUGUCUAUCCAAACAUGCUGGCGGCGCAGUUGAUCGGUCGUUUGCUGCCGGAAAUUGGUGGAAAUCCCAACAUUAAGAUGUUGCUUGAAGCGUGCGAUAAAUCUGGCCCUAAAGACUCCGCUUUGAUACCACUGAACCACUGUCUCCACACACCGGGUGGUCCAUUAAAGUACUCACUCGAAGGACACCAGUUUGCGGUUUUUGGGUUCUGUCUCACCAGCGAUUAUCGCUACAUGGUGUCGAUUUCAACUCGAUUCAUCACGUGGGAUUUGUCCACUUCCGAUCUGACGCGUGAUGUCAAUCCGGGUGUGGAAGGGAUUAUGCAGCAGUUGGUGCUUAGUCCCGACAACAAGUGGGCGGCUGCGUAUACAAACAACAGUCAAAGCGUGCUGCUGAACAUGCUCUCCAGUGAAUUCACAAUUAUAGACAACCCCUUCAAUGAGGAUGAGCCAAUUACCGGUUUAUAUCUUUUGAACAAAAAUCUUUUCUUACAUACAAAACUACGUUAUGCCUACUACGACAUGCGAGGAACGCUGAUCGAGAAACAGGAAAUUGAGGAUGUAACGGAUGCGUGGGAAUUAUUAUUUAUGGAGUUUACAUCCUUCACGGAUUUCUUCGCAGUUUUGUGGUCCGGAACAAUAAACGAUACCAGGCUUAUGCUGUAUACUAGCAAAGAAGAAUUGAAAAUACCACCAAGAACAAUGCACAGCGUUAUCACUAUGAAGAAAGAUAGAAAUACAAUGUACUGCUGUUACCUAGAAAAUCUUUACCAGGUUAGCGAAUUCCAAUACGAAGAAAACGAAGAAAAUAAAACGGCAGAAUGGAAUCAUGUGCGCGAUUUGCCUCGCUAUGAGAAUGAUGUCAAGGAAAUGGCACUUCAGCUCAAGAUGGAUCAGAACGAUCGUUUCUUGCUAGCUAGCACAGCUAACGGAUUUGUCGUUUGGGACUUUGACACGGAAGAACCCAUCUCUGAGGAAGCCAUAUAUCUUGCAUUACCUCAUGGCGUACGCAAUAUUUCCACCAAGAUGACUCAAUCAAACUCCGUUAUGAUCAGCUCCAAAGUGGAUUAUGCGGUGGCCGGGGUGCGGAAAAAUUUGUACGUUUGGUGCGUCAAAACGAAGCAACUGAUGAAGGUCUUGGAUGCGCAUUUUGGAAGAAUCAUGCAACUUGAAGCGCUGACUAUUGGUACUUGGAACAGCGUUAUUACAUCCAGCAUUGAUAGGUCGGUUAAAAUUUGGAACAUCAACAAUAUUUUCGAACAAGUUCACGUGAUUGACAGACAUGAGCUGCAAAUUGACAGCAUCAGUCUUUCAGAAAAUGGUGAACUGGCGGUAACCGUCACAAGAUGCUGCGUUGGUGUAUGGGAAAUAAGAACCGGACGGCUACUGUCCAAGCUAGCGGACAGUCCUUUGGGAGCUAUUGUAACUCACGCGGAGAUCACACCGGACGGACGAUACAUUGUAUCAUCAGAAACAGGAAAAAUUCUCAUAUGGAACAGAGUGACAGAACAAGUACUUUCACGGGACUCUCAGCCGGGCAUACAGCAGUUGAACUUUUUGGAUAACGGAGAGAAAUUUUUAGCCGUUUCCUGUCCGAAUGCUACGAGCGCAUCGGCUUCAAUGACUGGCGGUGAUGACCAAAAGCUAAUGGCUCAAGUCAAAAUUCGUAGUAUUCCGGAUGGACAAACGAUUUUCAAUUUCGAAUAUCCCGUUCGAUUGGUACCAGGAUUACCAUUCCGAUGUGCUGUGGUGACAGCUGAUGGUCAGCAUAUAGUUUGUACUUCAGUGGAUAAGAAUAACAAGGACUCGGUUUGGGUUUACAAUGCGACCAAUGGCACCCACGAACACAAGAUAUCAUUGAAAGGUUGCAAUAUUAAAGAAGUUGUUUCUCUGCUUCCUCUUCCGCACAAGCCCACACAGGUGGCAGUCAUAACCAAUGAGAAGGGAAGUAUUAUGGACAUUAAAACUAGGAAACAUGUCCGCUCUAUUCCGAAAUGGGGAGGUACAAGCACCAAAGAUGGCAAGUUUGGUCUUUAUGCGCCAUCACGAGGUGGCCUAGAACUACUAGAGCUCAAGAAAGGAUCGACAGUGAAGACUUUCAUUCCCAAAGUCGCUGAAGGUGUAUUUACGGUGAUUUGUAUGUUUACCGACACAGACGAGUACGUUCUUUACUACCACAGUGGUAGAAAAACUUUGAGAGUAUUCCGUACCAGCGACACUGAAAUGAUCGCCAAUUACCGUAUGCAAGCCGAACUCACGGCCAUCAAGAGCACCUCGGAUGGUAAAAGCCUGGUCCUGGGCACUGUCGAUGGUUGUAUUUCCGUGCUGGCUAUUGCUGAUCAGGAAAAACCUGAAAUGCAAGAAUUCCUCAAGCAACUACCUUCACGUGAUGCAAAUUGGAAGAAGAAACUUGCAAAACAGAAGGCAUCUGCCAGGUUCAAAGCCGCGAUGAGAUUGGCUUCCAUCUCAACUCGAUUCGGAACACCGGCAGAUGAAGAUGAGGAUGACGAUGACAAAGACAAUGAAAAUUAAA